GCAAGUAAAAGGAAAGACAAAACUUUUAAUUCAAUCAAAUUUAAAAAAAUCUACAAUCAAAAAUGUAUGAUUUAUUUAUUAGUAACGUCACAUUUUCACGUGCUAAUCGUCGAUGCUAAACUUUGCUCCUGGAUUGUUUCACUACUAAAACUUCAAAAAAAUGUUCACACAUGAUUAUAAUAAUACUCGAAAGUAAAUUAAAUACAGAGUAAUGUCCCACUCUGUUAGUUCCAAAAGAAAUAUGAAGAAGUUGAGUUGUAUUUGCUGUGCUGCAGGAUUUCUGCUUUUUUGUAUCCUGGACGUUGUUAAUUCAAUGAACGGAACGGACUAUUGCAAGCUAAAGAACUGCCCAGCCGACAAGAAACUGACACAUAUUGCAUGCAAUAAUAAAGGGGACUGGUCGCCACAGUGUGGAAAAAACCCAAAGAUCAUAACCAUGACCAGGAAAGUAAAGAUGUUCAUCGUCCGCUAUCACAACACCUAUCGGGAUAUUGUGGCCGGAACCCAGUUCCACAGGUUACCCAAUGCAGGUCGGAUGUUGAAAAUGAGGUGGAGUCAGGAUCUGGCUUAUUUGGCUGAACUGAUGGUGAAACGCUGCGAUCUAAAGCCCACUGAACACUGCUUGUCCACGGAACAGUUCCCCGCCCCGAGCUACCAUGCGGUAUACAACAAGUUCAAGAAGAACGAGAAUGAGUUCAGGGUAGUCAGAUCCCAGCUGAAUUCCUGGUACGAUCAGUAUAAGCACGUUUCUGCUCUCAGCCUUUUAGAUGGAGUGUCCAGCUCCAAGAAGGAGAUUGGACACUUCCUGAGAAUGAUGGUGGGUCCCAGCAACCGAUUGGGCUGUGCCAUGGCCAGGAUCAAAAAGGACGGAAAAACCCAGCAAUGGCUAUCCUGCCUCUACAGCUGUGCACCGAAGAAAAACCAAGCCCUGUAUGAGUAUUCAACCAAACCGGGAGCUUUCUGCACCACCGGGGUGGAUAGAAAGUACCAACACCUGUGCAACAGAACGGAGCCUGUGGAAAACUGCUCGCACUCGGAAUUAUUCAAGGGAGCCGUUACCAAUGACACCGCAUCGUUGAUAAGGGGCAUGAUGCACAAAAAAGUGCAAUCCAGGACCUGUUGGCUCUGCUAUAGUUGUUGCUAUUGGUGGAAUUGGGCGUUUGGAUAUUAUACGUAUUCGUAUACAACAUAUUCGUGGACGACCACGUCCACGUCCACGUCCACAUCCAAUAAUAAGAAAAAAGAAAAAGAAACUGAGUGCUGUGAGUGUGAGUGCGAGUGUGAGUGUGAAGAUGACUAGACUUUGCAUUGUUUUACCUGUUGAGAACAGAAAUGUAAGUCAAAAUAUAAAAACUAAACAAUGGUCAAAAUAAAAUUCGAUAAACCAAUUAAAAUUUGUUUUGAAAAUUCGGCAUCGUCACCCAAAACCAUUUGCAUAUUUUUAAAUAAUAUGAAGAAACGAUUGCCGAAUCGAAAAAUAUUUUGAACAAACUAAACAUAUUUAGUGUAUGCAUUUAAAUAUUUUAAUUUGUGUAAAAAUCAAAGAUCCGUAAUCAGAUGCAAAUAAAAGUGAACGCAGAACUUUAAAUUCAAUCAGAUUUAUAGACAACUAAAAACAAAACGUAUGAUUUAUUUCUUAUUAACACCACAAGUGCUAAUCGGUGAGAGCGACGAUUCUAUUGAUUGAAUGAAUAAUUUGCUUAAUAUGUGGGCUUGAAUUUGGAUUGUUGUUUUUGGUGCAUAUUAUAAUUUUAAUAGUCUCCGAUUACACUAGUGUACAAGCAAAUAAAAAAUAAAUUGUGGAGUUUGACCUCUUUA